CGCACGCCCACCACCACCUCCUCCUCCUCCGCUCGCGAGAUCCACCCGCCGGCCGGCGCGCCGCAAACUGCCACUGCUCCGGCGUUGUCCGCGUCGUCGCGAAACAGAGGCGGUGUGCGUGGGGGGUGCCUUGCUGGGGUUUGCUUGCCAAGAUUCGCCCGCGCCGUUUAAGGAAGGUGAUAAGGCGGACUGGGCAAUAACUGCUGUGGAUUGUUCGCCGCUUCAUUGCUCGGCAAGAUUGGGGGGGUUCUUGCCAUUUCUCGCCGAUUCGGAGCUCGCAUUGGAUGCCGGAAAUCGCGUUCUUGUAGGCGGGGGCCGCGGCGAGAGGGCCGAGGUGGCGUAUCUCUGGCGGUGCUGUGGUGAGGCGAGGAGAAAUUUUUUUUGCCGAGCUGUGUUGAGUGGUGGCGAGGCGAUUCCCACGGAAGUUCGUGGUGGAUUUUGACGUGCGCGAGGCGAGGGCGAGAUGCUCCGUGGGAGACAAUAGGCCCGUGAAUUCGCCGGUCCACGCUCGAUGGGGUGGAAGGCGACAGUGGGUGUCAAGAUGGCCGGGGGCGGCGCGGAGAAGCUCAGGUGCCCGUCGGUGGCCGCGGUGGCGCGGUCGCGGAUGAGGCCGUGGGUGCUGCGCGCCACCACGACGGUGCUGCUGUGGACCUGCGUCAUGCAGCUCACGGCCGUCGGGGACAGGUGGGGGCCUCGCGUCCUCAAGGGGUGGCCGUCGUGCCGGACGGCGCCGGAGGCUGCCUCCGCCGCGCUCGCCGCCGCGAGGCUCCCAAUGCCGGUACCUGUCGUGGAGAAGGCCCCGUUGCCGCCGAAAAGAAUUUAUAGGAACAAUGGUUAUUUGAUGGUUUCAUGCAAUGGUGGACUCAACCAAAUGCGAGCAGCCAUAUGUGAUAUGGUUGCCAUUGCAAGAUACUUGAAUGUGACUCUAAUAGUGCCUGAGUUGGAUAAGACAUCCUUUUGGAAUGAUCCAAGUGAGUUCCAGGAUAUAUUUGAUGUUGAACAUUUUAUAACUUCUUUGAGAGAUGAGGUCCGUAUACUGAGGGAGUUGCCACCAAGGGUAAAGCGAAGAGUGGAACUAGGAAUGUUCCAUUCAAUGCCGCCUAUUAGCUGGUCUGGGAUCUCCUAUUACCGUAACAAGAUACUUCCUUUGAUUCGGAAGCACAAGGUUCUUCAUCUGAACAGAACUGAUGCUAGGCUAGCAAACAACGGACUGCCGCUCAAGGUCCAGAAGUUGCGUUGCCGAGUUAACUAUGCUUCACUGAAAUUCACGCCCCAAAUUGAAGAGUUGGGCAGGAGAGUAAUUAGAUUGCUUCGCCAAAAUGGCCCCUUCUUGGUUCUUCAUUUACGUUAUGAAAUGGAUAUGCUGGCUUUCUCUGGCUGUACUGAAGGUUGCACUCGUGAAGAGGCCGAUGAGCUCACAAGAAUGAGAUAUGCUUAUCCUUGGUGGAAAGAGAAAGUAAUAAACUCUUUCACGAAAAGAAAAGAUGGCCUUUGUCCUUUGACGCCUGAGGAGAUUGCUCUUGUCCUCAGAGCUUUGGACAUCGACAGAAGUAUGCAAAUAUACAUUGCAGCUGGCGAAAUUUACGGUGGAAAGCGCAGGAUGGCUGCACUCACUUCAGCGUAUCCCAACGUGGUGAGAAAGGAGACACUUUUGGAACCUUCCGACCUCAUGUUCUUUCAGAACCAUUCGUCACAAAUGGCAGCUCUGGAUUAUUUGGUAUCACUGGAAAGUGAUAUAUUUGUUCCAACAUAUGAUGGCAACAUGGCUAAAGUUGUUGAGGGUCACCGCAGGUUCAUGGGUUUUAAGAAAACAAUCUUAUUGGAUAGAAAACUCAUAGUUGAGCUGGUCGACCAGUAUAAUAGUGGUUCUAUGGGGUGGGAUGAAUUCUCUUCAUUAAUCAAGUCUGUCCAUGCAAACCGAAUGGGAGCAGCUUCAAAAAGGACCGUUAUUCUUGACAAACCGAAGGAAGAGGACUACUUCUAUGCUAACCCUCAAGAGUGCUUGCGAGAUCCCAAUCUUUUACGGACAUCAUGAUAUUUUUCUUGGCGCGAAUGCGCGAGCCCCUGCUCAUUUCCAUUACACGUUUGCAUGAUGCAGCGUGGCUGAACUUGGCUGCGUUGUUUCUUCUGAGCUGACUGGAAUGGCGAGGUAUUGCCAGUUCAGAACUUCGGACUGUGCCAUUGACAAGGACCUGUGGAUGGGGAAGCAGGGAGGAGGAUGUAGCUGUGAGCUUGUGACUACUUAACUCCAAUGUAGUUGGUACAUAGACAUGACAUUACACGAUGGAGAAUUGCAAAUGUAGGUUUGCCAAUUACGCCGAUAAAUAGAUCAUAUUCUUGUAUAGAUGAUGGGGCGCAUCAGUGGAUAAAUUAGUUCAACAGAACGUCACUGAUCAUGGAGGAAAUUGUUACAUAUGAGGUUUUUCAGCGUUCUUCAGACGUAUCUGCUCUCGAAUCCUAAAUUUUUGUUCUUCUCUGAAAGUUUUACUCUAUACUACGAUACGCUGUUUCAGCAGUCAUAACAGACAUUAGAACUGACGCACUGUAUCGAUUUCUUACUGCUGGAGUGGUGCAUCGAAGUACUACAUGCCUCACUUGUCAUC